GUUCUGUCUAUAUAUAGACACGACACUAAGGGCUCAAUAAACCUUAAAAUAACACCAAUAAUGAGCUCCCUUCUCUAAGGAAUUAUUCAGCUUCUUCCUCCUAUUUAUCGGCGCCAUUUCUUAGCUAGCAAACUAAGAGGGCUGUUGCUCUUCCGGAUGGAAAACAUGGAAGUCGAGAAGAUGGCACAUUCCAAGCUCAAGGACACAAGAAAAGGAGGCAACAGAGCUGCACUCUUUGUAUAUGCGACUGAGGCACUCGAGAACAUGGCGUUCGUGGCGAAUGCCAUCAGCAUAGUCACAUACUUUUACGGCUACAUGAACUUCAGCCUGACGAAAUCUGCCACUACUCUCACAAACUUUAUGGGCACCGCUUUCCUGUUAGCUCUCUUUGGAGGGUACCUAUCGGACACCUACCUGUCAAGGUUCAAGACUUGUGUCCUGUUUGGGAUAAUCGAAUUGGUGGGAUACGCGGUUUUAACAGCGCAGGCACACUUUCACCAACUGAGGCCAACUCCCUGCAAUGGGGUUGCCCCGGACUUAAUGAACCAAUGUGAGACCGCCAGUGGUAGCCAACUGGCGAUUUUCUACUCAGGCCUGUACCUGGUGGCGCUUGGGACGAGUGGGAUCAAGGCAGCCCUCCCAGCUCUCGGGGCUGACCAGUUCGAUGAGAGGGACCCCAGGGAGAAGGCCAAGUUGUCGAGUUUCUUCAACUGGUUCUUAUUCAGCCUGACCUGCGGGGCCAUAGUCGGGGUGACCUUCCUUGUGUGGAUCAGCACAAAUCAGGGCUGGGACUGGUCAUUUGGGGUCUGCGCGUUGGCUGUUCUCUUCGCUAUCGUAUUUGUGGCUAUGGGCAAGUCCCUGUACCGGAACAACGUGCCUAAGGGGAGCCCACUUCUUCGAAUCCUGCAGGUAUUUGUUGCUGCCAUCAAGAACCGGAAUCUCCCAGUCCCGGAGAAUACAGAAGAGUUACAUGAGAUCCAUGACCAAGAAGUGGGGGAGAGCAUGGAACAUCUUCGGAGGACUGACCAAUUCAGAUUCCUAGACCGAGCAGCGAUUGUCAGGUCUUCAUCGGGCUCCCAGGCGUCCGACAGGUCCUGGAGCCUGUGCACAAUAACCCAGGUUGAGGAAGCGAAGAUCCUAGUCCGGAUGUUCCCAGUAAUCCUUAGCACCAUCUUCAUGAACACUUGCUUAGCCCAGCUCCAGACGUUCUCGAUCCAACAGAGCACGACAAUGGACACCCACCUAGUAGGAGGCUUCCACAUCCCGGGCCCCUCCAUCCCCGUGAUUCCACUCCUCUUCAUGUUCAUCCUGAUCCCGAUAUAUGAUCGGAUCUUUGUCCCGGUUGCCAGAAGAUUCACUGGGAUCCCCACAGGGAUCCGGUACCUCCAGAGAAUUGGAGUUGGACUUGUUCUCUCGGCCAUCUCCAUGGCAGUGGCAGGAAUCAUCGAGACCCAGAGAAAGUCCGUGGCAAGGCACCAUGGAAUGGUAGACUCAAUCGAGCCCCUUCCCAUGAGUGUGUUCUGGCUCGGGAUCCAGUAUGCAAUCUUCGGGGCAGCUGAUAUGUUCACUUUGAUUGGACUACUGGAGUUCUUCUAUGCCGAGAGUUCCUCAUGCAUGAAGUCACUCAGCACGGCCAUCUCCUGGACAUCCAUCGCCUUUGGGUAUUUCCUCAGCACCGCCGUGGUCGAACUGGUGAAUAAAGUGAGUGGUGGGUGGUUGGCAAAUAACAAUCUCAACAGGGACAAGCUCGACUACUUCUACUGGCUACUGGCCGGAAUAAGCGUACUGAAUUUCGGGUUUUAUUUGGUGUGCGCUUCGUGGUACCAGUACAAGUCCGAGGACCAGAAGAAGGGAAAUGGAAAUUCAGCUGCUAGCAGAGCCGAGGGCAAGUGAUAAGAGGUUCGAUCUAUAGGCUGUUCUUCCUUUGUCGUAUGCUAUACGAAACAGCCUGCCAUUGCAUAACUAAUGGAUCUUCAGCACCAAUGAUUGAUCCAGGAAUCUUCACGCUGAGAAGUCUUUAAGCAACUUAGAGUGCGAAAGUAUGAAGAAAAAAGGGAAGUUCCCGAAUGAUGUCAUGUUGAGCUUGCGCACCAAUCGAUAAUCGAUUGUCCUGCAGAAUUAUAACAAAACUACAUGUUUUCUGCUAAUCGUGCGAUUUAUAAGUUCUUCAUCAAUGUUUCAAGGGAGAAGUACAUUGAAUUGUUCAACUGGGUUGAAGGA